AGCGUUGCUUUACGGCGAUUCGAGUUGUCGCGUCAAGCAGGCUAUUCCGGGCGUUUGGCUGCUUGUCUCCGCACGUGGGCCGCUGUAGGUAUUCCGGCCGGUAAUUCCUCCUGUUGGUGUGCAGCAGCCACGCUGAAGGACAGAGUGGCAGUAGAGGCCAAGGAUCGUGAGUUGAUGGAGUUUGCUGCUGAAAAUGAAGGGAAGUCUGGGGGAGGUCUCCAAAGUGUAGCUGAGGGGGUGCGGCUAAGUCCAGAGUCUGGGAGGGAGGGAGUCAGGGACUUAGCAGGGGCGGAGGAGGCCGGCGGCGGGGAGGAGGGGAAAGGACUGACAGGGAUGAAGAAGAUAAGGGAUGGAGAGGAAGGAAGUGGACAAAGGCCAGUGGAAAUACCAAUGGACCUAACGGUAGUGAAGGAGGAAAUUAUGGACUGGCCAGAUACCGCAGGCAGGUUGGCUGGCCAGUGGGUAAAACAGGAGGUGGAGGAUAGGCCUGAGGUGAAGGAUGAGAACGCAGGCGUAUUGGAGGUGAAGCAGGAGACGAAUAGUAGUUUAGUGGUAAAAGAAGAGAAAGUGGAUGACCCAGAGGUAAAGGAAGAGAAGGUGAAGGAAGAGGUAAUGGACUGGCCAGAAGUGAAGGAAGAGAAGGAUAACUUGCAGAUAAAACGGGAGAAGUUUGUUGGUCAGUGCAUAAAAGAGGAGGUGAUGGAUGGAGAGUGUGUAAAAGAAGAGAAGAAAGAAGCCGUGGAUGACACAAAGGUGAAAGAAGAGCGUCCAAUAAAUCACCUGGUGGGCUGCAAGCGGAAACUGGCCAUGUCAAGGUGUGAAACGUGUGGUACAGAAGAAGCAAAGUACAGAUGUCCACGUUGUAUGCGGUACUCCUGCAGUUUGCCCUGUGUAAAGAAACACAAAACAGAACUGACAUGUAAUGGAGUUCGAGAUAAAACCGCAUACAUUUCAAUACAACAGUUUACUGAAAUGAAUCUCCUAAGUGAUUAUCGUUUUUUGGAAGAUGUGGCAAGAACAGCGGACCAUAUUUCUAGAGAUGCUUUUUUGAAAAGACCAAUAAGCAAUAAACAUAUGUACUUUAUGAAAAAUCGUGCCCGAAGGCAAGGUAUUAACUUAAAACUUCUACCCAAUGGAUUCACCAAGAGGAAGGAGAAUUCAACAUUUUUUGAUAAGAAAAAACAACAGUUUUGUUGGCAUGUGAAGCUCCAGUUUCCUCAAAGUCAAGCUGAGUAUAUAGAAAAAAGAGUACCAGAAGAUAAAACUAUUAAUGAAAUCCUAAAACCUUACAUUGAUCCUGAAAAGUCUGAUCCUGUAAUUCGUCAAAGAUUGAAAGCUUACAUUCGCUCUCAGACUGGGGUUCAAAUUUUAAUGAAGGUCGAAUAUAUGCAGCAAAAUUUAGUAAGAUAUUAUGAACUAGAUCCUUAUAAAAGUCUCCUAGACAAUUUGAGGAACAAAGUGAUCAUUGAGUAUCCAACAUUACAUGUGGUAUUGAAAGGAUCCAAUAAUGACAUGAAAGUUCUUCACCAAGUGAAAAGUGAAUCUACCAAGAACCUUGGCAAUGAAAAUUGAGCACUUUUUCUGGAAGAAUAUGAAAAUUUCCAGAGAAUUGCAGCAGACUCUGCAUUGAUGGGCUGUUGGAUGAUUGGGGUAUUGUCAGUGGGUGAUUGGAGUUUUUUGUUUAUAUGAAAAAUAAUCUAAACUUUUUUUUAAAAAUGUGUUUUAUAGCCUCUUGAAUUAAUUGACUUGUAAGACCCCUUUAUUCAUAUUAAAAACUCACCUUUGCACUUGAUCAAUGUAGUACUUACUAGGCCCCGGCUUUUAAUAUGCUUAAUUCCAUAAACUGAAAAGUGUUUUUUUUUUUCUUUUUUCUUUCUUUCUUUAUUUCAUUUUUAUUAUUAUUUUUUUUUUAGAUGGGGUCUUGGAGUGCAAGUGGUACGAGCAUAGCUUCCUCAAACUCCUGGGCUCAAAUGAUCCUCCCAACAGGCUUCUACCACCACACUCAGCUAUUUUUUUUUUUUUUUUUUUUUUUGGUAGAGACAGGUUUUGCUCUGUUGCCCAGGCUGGUCUCAAAUUCCUGGCCUCAAGUAAUCCUCCCACCUCAGCCUCCAAAGCACUGAGAUUACUGUGAGUGGCAUCAGCCACUACACCUGGCCUUGAAAACUUGAAAACUUUUUUAUUUGUUAAUUUGAUGCAUGACCAAACCCAAGGAUCACCUGUGUCAACCACAGAGUUGGCAUUCUCUUUAGUAGAACCUCAUUAAACAGAAAGGCUCUGCAACGUACUGUCUAGCCACAGGAGGAGAACUAGUCAUCCAUCAGUUGCCCUUUUAUCUUAAGAGUUCAUAUGUAACUUACCCUUGUGAGACAGCUUUUCUACUUGAGAAACUCCUAGUACAAUGUCUGGACUAAAAGCCUGAAUAAAUACUAUCAACUACUGUUUCUUAUAUUCACUUCAGAAAAUCAGUGGCUCCACAUUGUUUGAGCCAUUCAUCUACUUAUUCAAGUCUUAUGAAUUCUGUGCCUUUCGUCACAUUCCCAGUCCACUCUCAUCAUUACUGCAGAAGGGUGUUGUGAUGGCCAGUUUUAUACUGUAUUUUGAUAUGUCUAGCAAUAACUUUAAAAAAAAACCAGGAAAUCAACAUGUUAUUGGAAUGUAUAUGUACAUAUUAAUGUAUAUACACAGCUUAAUUUAUAUGUUACGGCAGUUCUGUAUACAGUUUGAUCUCACAUACUGAAAAAUAAUUCUUAAUUUUAUUGGAGUUUAUACCACUAUGACACUGCAAUAUGAGUAUAAGAGAGUAAAAUAUUGUUACAUUUGUAUUACAUGUGUAUACUUAAUCGUUAAAAAGCAAUGAUAAAGUUGGACAUGAAUGAAAUUCAUUUUUAGUUUACAGUUGGAAUAAGUUUUUUACCAAAAAGAAACCAGAGAUGUUAGUUAAGGAGACUUUGAAAUAUGAAAAGAUAAUGAGAAGAUGAGCAUAAGAUAAAUUUGUAGAACACAAGUAUAACUUGGGGUAGAAAUUGGAGAAGAGAAUCGAAAAAAAGCAAUACCAGAAAGACCUUUGGUAUAAAAGUAGUAGUGGAAAUGUGAUUCAUAGAAAGUUCAUAGAAAGUGAGGCCUUGAAAUUUGAGAAAUAUGCAUGUAUAUAAUCUCUAAAGCAACUUCAGGAAUCUUCUCCUAAUAUAUAAUAAAGAAUUUGUGUAGAAUUAUGUUUUUCACCAUAUUACUGGAGAGACAAAUAAAUGAGAUUUCAAGGAAUUCAUAUAUAAUCUAAAGUGAAAUGUGCCUUCUUGAAACCAGCAAGAGGUAGAUGAAUUGAGUGAAACAUGUCAUAGAAUUGUUAUUAGGAAAAGUGGGAUAAAGUCUAUAAAAAGAACAUGUGAUCUGAAUAUCAGGGUGGAUAGGAGUUUCCUGACAGUGAAAUCUGUUAUGAUGCAGUCUCAUUUCCAAGAAAAGUAUUGAGUUCCGUCCCUUCUGAAUUUAAAUUGAAAACUGGACAAAAAACAAACUAUCCUGUACUUUCCACUGCUCAGGAGGAAAAAAGAAAUCUACAUCAUCUAAUGCAUCUUUGCCAUCUUUAUUUUCUAGAAUUCUAUUAGAAUUUUCCAUUAUAGGCUUUCUUAGGAAAGAAUGUAACUCAGAAUUCCCCUAAAUUUAACUAUCAACUUAUUUGAUUAAUAUGCACAUUUAUUCCCAUAAGAUUUACAAUACACAUGUGUUUUAGUGAAUUACCAAUGGCUUGGAGGGUAUGGAAUUGGAAUAAACUGAAAGCCCUAGAUGUUUGUAGCAUUAAGACCCAAUUUCUUUUUGGAGGCCCUCUCCAUGUUAGAUUAUUGACAAAUUCUGAUGAGUAAACAAAUUCCCUGACCCUUGUUAAGUUCAGCAUCCUGCAUUUUGUUCAUGAAUCACAUCUUAAAAGGAGAAAAGCUCCACUUGGUUUUCUUUAUUUUUUUAAACAAUAAUUUCAAAGAGAAGAUAGGCCUCUCAUAAUUGCUAAUUAUACAUAUGGGAUUAAUAGUAGUAAAUUAUAGUAAAUAACACUUAUACCUGUGCCUGUUAUAAGUAUGAAUUAGCCAGGCACAGUGUCUCACGCCUGUAAUCCCAGCACUUUGGGAAGUCGAGAGAUUUUUGAGACCAGCCUGGCCAACAUAGCAAAACCCCGUCUCUACUAAAAAUACAAAAAUUAGCCAGGUGUGGGGGCAGGCACAUGUAAUUUCAGCUACUCAGGGAGCCGAGGUACGAGAAUCACUUGAACCCAGGUGGCAGAGGUUGCAGUUAGCUGAGGUUGUGCUACUGCACUCCUGGGCACUGCCUGGGUGACAGAGUGAGACUCUGUCUCCAAAAAAAAAAAUUGAAAAGAGUUAUUAAAAAUAGAUAUUUAAUAUUCCAAACUGUAGUUGAGCCAGUUUGUUUUCAUGUAGCAAGUAGUGGGAUUCAGGUUUCAUGACAUAUAAUAAAAUGUUAGUCACAUAACUAUAAUGCCAACAGUUUUCUUUAUACAUUUCUGUUUAAUUAGGUUGACAUAUACUUUGUGUUAGACCUGAUUUCAUGUUACUAAAUUUUACAUAAAGAUGCUGGUCUAUUUUUAUUUAAUC